AGAUUAUUCUCCCUCCCGCAGUAGUGUCUGCGCUCAGAACAGCCUUCGCUCAGAGCCCGUGCUGGAGUGGCUCCGGCGAAGUGUUGCGCCACAGCGGAGCAUAGCCAGCGCCAGCGCCGCGUCACGCCGGCUCCCCGCUGCUCUCUCGCCCCGGCAACACCGCAUGGCAUAGGAGAGGGGGGCCCGCCCAUCGCCAGACUCACCAUGUCGGGGGCCGAACCCGGUCCGAGCGAGCCCAGGCCGGACCCCGCCGUCCGCACCUUCAAGGAGCACAUGCGCCUGGAGCUGGAGCCCCCGAAACCGGCGGGGACGCGGGCCGGCUCCCCCAAAAUCUCCCCCCGCAGCUCGCCGCGCUUCUUCAGGAAGCCGAUGGUGAACAAGAGCAUCCGGCAGCGCCGGCGCUUCACCGUCGCUCAUACGUGCUUUGAUGUGGAGAAUGGCCCCUCCGCCAGCUGCAGCCCCUUGGACCCGCAGGCGUCCCCUGGGUCCGGCCUGGUCCUGCACACAAACUUCCCAGGACACGGCCAGCGCCGCGAGUCCUUCUUGUACCGCUCUGACAGCGACUACGACCUCUCGCCCAAGUCAAUGUCCCGCAACUCCUCCAUCGUCAGCGAGCUACAUGGGGAUGAUCUGAUAGUUACCCCUUUUGCUCAGGUACUUGCAAGCCUUCGAAGUGUACGGAACAACAUCACCGUUCUGACCAAUGUACAAUGUGCCUCUAACAAGAGGUCCCCCGCAGCCAGCCAACCACAGACCACCAAAGUCUGCUUGCCAGAGGAGUCCUACCAGAAGCUCGCCAUGGAGAGCAUGGAGGAGCUGGACUGGUGUCUGGACCAGCUGGAGGCCAUUCAGACCUACCGCUCGGUCAGCGAGAUGGCCUCUAACAAGUUCAAGAGAAUGUUGAACCGGGAGCUGACGCACUUGUCGGAGAUGAGUCGCUCCGGCAACCAAGUGUCCGAGUUCAUCUCCAGCACCUUCCUAGAUAAGCAGAACGAGGUGGAGAUCUCCCCUCCAGCACCCAAGGGCAGGGAGAAGAAGAAAAAGCAGCAGGUGAUGACCCAGAUCAGCGGGGUGAAGAAGGUGUCACACGGACCCGGCCUUUCCAACUGUGGGAUCCCCCGAUUCGGUGUCCGAUCAGAAAAGGAAGACCAGUUGGGCAAGGAACUGGACGACCUGAACAAGUGGGGCCUGAACAUCUUCCGAGUGUCAGAGUUCUCCAACCACAGACCGCUCACCUGUAUCAUGUACGCUAUCUUCCAGGAGAGAGAGCUGAUGAAGACAUUUAAGAUCCCUGCCGACACCUUUGUGACCUUCAUGAUGACCCUGGAGGACCAUUACCAUAGCGACGUGGCAUACCACAACAGCCUGCACGCCGCGGACGUGGCUCAGUCCACCCACAUCCUCCUGUCCACGCCGGCGCUGGAUGCUGUCUUCACAGAUCUGGAGAUCCUUGCUGCCAUCUUUGCUGCCGCAAUCCAUGACGUGGACCACCCUGGAGUCUCCAACCAGUUCCUGAUCAACACCAACUCGGAGCUGGCCCUCAUGUACAAUGAUGAGUCGGUGCUGGAGAACCAUCACCUGGCUGUGGGCUUCAAGCUCCUGCAGGAGGAGAACUGCGACAUCUUCCAGAACCUGAGCAAGAAGCAGCGGCAGUCCCUCAGGAAGAUGGUCAUCGACAUGGUGUUAGCGACUGACAUGUCUAAGCACAUGAGCUUGCUGGCAGACCUGAAAACCAUGGUGGAGACCAAGAAGGUGACCAGCUCUGGAGUGCUUCUGCUGGACAACUACACAGACAGAAUACAGGUCCUUCGUAACAUGGUGCACUGUGCUGACCUCAGUAAUCCCACCAAGUCCCUGGAGCUGUACCGGCAGUGGACCGACCGCAUCAUGGACGAGUUCUUCCACCAGGGCGACAAAGAACGGGAGAGGGGCAUGGAGAUCAGCCCCAUGUGUGACAAACACACAGCCUCUGUGGAAAAAUCACAGGUGGGCUUCAUUGACUACAUCGUGCACCCUCUGUGGGAGACGUGGGGGGACCUGGUGCACCCCGACGCCCAGGACAUCCUGGAUACCCUGGAGGACAACCGGAACUGGUACCAGAGCAUGAUCCCCCAGAGCCCGUCCCCGCCAUUUUACGAGCCGGACAAAGGCCAGGCCGGCAGCGGGGGGGACAAGUUCCAGUUUGAGCUGACGCUGGAGGAGGAGGAGGGCGACUCCGAGGAAGGCACGGAGCGGGACGAGGAGUACAGCCAGGGCGAGGAGGGGGCGACGCACUCCUCGGUGGACUAUGACUGCGAAGGCGAGGAGCCCGCCGCUCACAUAGAGAUCAUCACACAGGACGCCUCGCCUGUCGACACAUAGCACGGCGGGAAUGGCGGAACGGCGAGCUGCAUUCGGAGGAGAAACACUCCUUUUUUUUCCAGAAGCCUCGGUGGUUGACUUUUGAGUCAGCGGAGGCGCUAGUCCUCCUGUCCAGAGGGGGCGCACUUGCCUCUGGAGCCGGGACCAGGACAGUCGAUGAAGGAGCUCUCAGGAAACUGCUACAGUCACUUGGGCCCCAAUGGGCAAAUGGAACACUUUACGCGGCCCAACGGAAGGAUCUGGGGCCGCUGGAGUGGAUGAGCCUGACAUUAUCGAGAUUUUAUUUUUGGGGUUUGUGGUGACUUUUUAUGAGGGGAUGUCCUGAGGUAGCAUAUGAACUACUGAUAUACAGGUAUUUGUAAUGCAAAGAGUUCACUCUUCUUGUAACAUUUGUCUAAAGACUUUGUGUGCCUUUUUUUACAAUUGUCUUUUUAAAGUUCUGUUUCUAUUUAUUGAACACAUUUUAGUAGAUUUGAAUGGUAAAGUGUUUUGACAGAUGGCUGAAGAGGAGAAUAUUUUUAUCUCUUAAAUGAAGAAUGAAUGCAAAGUCUUCCUUAUUAAUUUUAUUGGGCAAUACCUGAGUGAACGGAGGCACUGUCUUUACAGAAUAAAUUCCACAAACGUGGCGUAAUAUAUAGUACUCAUUUCAUAUGGGUGGGAUAUUGGGAAAGGGAAAUGCUUUACAACAAGCACAGGUUCAUUAUUUAAUUAUACCUAAUCAUAAGAUACUCAUGAAAAUAAAAAGUACGUCUAUUGCCAUUUAUGCCACAGAUUUUGUCAGGGUAAAGUAGUAAUGUUCAAAACAUUUAAGAAAUUAGUUUAUUUUUGUGUUAAUUGUAUUUGUUUCAUUUGCACUGUACAUAUUCUUGUGGAGAAAACAAUGCUUCUUUUAUCAGCCAAUUAUUUUGCCUCUGGUAAAAUGAACAUGAAAUUCCGACGAUGUCAGGAAGCAAGGAAAAACGCAAAUUCGGGAGGAUAAAAGCACUUCGACGCGAUACGUCUCUGAUCAAAAUGAACGUUUAGUCUCACUGGAAAUGAGAAUGCCUCACAUUAAUUGAAUUAAUCAAAACUGUUCCCUGUAUCUGAUAUCAACAAUGUAAGUCACUUCCUCGCUAACCGCUAAUUAGCUGCUCUCAAAAGGCAUAAAGCCAACCCAUUGUGUGUUAACGCAAUGAGCUCUUUCCCUUUCAAUAUAGUCACGUCAAUUCAGAGAGAUAAUGGACACUUCACUUCAAAAUAUGUGGUUGUGGCCAUGCUCACUGCCAAAAAAAAAAAGACGAAAAUUAGAAGCAAUUGGGUAUCGCUUGGCUUCACUGACACAAGCGUGUUAUAUUCAUUUACACCAGAGGCAUUACUCUUACUGAUACUGUAGCACAUCUCCUAAUGUCUCACAAUCUGUAUUUGAUUCUCCAACAUCGUCUAGAACUCUGCACAUAUCAAGAACAGAAAGCAACCAAAAAGAACAGAAGCCUUCCAUAGAAAAAGUGUUUGUGCUGGUGCAAUAUGUGAGGGAGCUAUAAGAAAAAUGCUUUAAAAAAACUGCAUUUAUUCCUGAAAAAACAAAGCCUAUCCUUUGUUCUCUCCAUUGCCAUCUUGAGGUACUUCAACUCCAGUGUCUUUCACUGUCGUGUUGGCGUGAAUUUGGCAAGCUGAAAAAAGCAUUUCAGCAUUAACAAAAGACAAAUUUGUCAUCAUCAAUGCCUUGUCUUCACACUUGGGAGUGAAGAUUUAGCCACACAUUGCCCGCCCUCAAGCUUUGCACGAGCCCUUGUUCGUCCUUUGCUGUUUAUAACAGUGGUAUUUAUUACUUUAUCUAUAAAUGUUCAUUGUAAAUGUAUUUUAAUUUAUAUGCACAAGCAUUACCUGGGAUGGGUGGUGUUAAUGUGUCCUGGCUCAGACCAAGGAGCCAUUUUGAUUCUGUAGUAUGUUUAUGUUUUUUUUAUUUAUAUAUUGCACAAAAUUUUUAGUGCCCUGAACAGUGGCUAUAAGACAUACGUAACCCAUGGGAGUCAAGGUGGUCUAGGUGAAGGAAGAAUUUGUUUGAUGUUGUAAUUAAGCUAUAUAGUGCUUGUAGCACCUGAACUCUAACAAUGCAGCAUUUUGAAUGCAGAUUGCUGGCAUUCCGUGAAAUUCCAGUUGACGGGAAGUGAUAGGAAAUCCACAUACAGCGUAACCGUUCAGAAAAUGUAGAGCGGGAUGAUGAUGCUGGUGGCAUGUUUCAAUUUCUCUGAAUGCCAGUGUGAAUUUCAUAUGAUAUCCAUUACAAAAAUGUGAUCUCAUGUAAUUAUUGUGCUAAUGUGAACUGUUCUCUGACCAAACUUGUUAGCAGUUUUUAAAUUCAGAUAGUCUGUUUUACAUUAUAAUCUAUGUUAAAGCUUUUGGUCCAAAUGGUUAGUCAGAAUAACACUAUCUGCAUGACCAAUGGGUUUGUAUGUCUGUUGAAUACUGCGUUGUUCCAGGUGGAUAUUUUAAUAUUUUUUAAAAUGAUUCACACAAUGUAUGGUAUACUAUUGUAUAUUGUGUCAACAAAAUCUUAAAUACUUUUUCUACGAAAUUAUUAAAACAAAGCAUGAAUGAAA